AUGCAAGAUCAAAACGGGUUACCAGAGCAGGCUGCAGAUUCCCGCCGGAGACAAGCCGCUCUACUGUUCCUCAGUAACAUUUCUCUUGACGGACGGCCCGUCCAGCAGAAUACGGAAAAUGGCACCCUUCAGGGACACAGACAUAACGACUUUUUGGGGACCGAUGUUGGCGCGAGAGUGUCCAGGUUAUCUGUGGAGUCGAAUACCUAUGGUACCUUCGCCAACCUGUCAACGUCAGUGAGCUGCAGCUCUGUAAGCCCUGUCCCGAGACUCGGGGUUCUCAACGUCCCUCCCAUCCUUGUCCUUCCCUCAUCGGACUCAGGGCUCAACCAUGUCGGGACCACUGAGGUAUUUCUGGAAAGGGGAAGAGGGUCUUUCUCUUCGCAGGGGAAUCUUCUUUCCCCGAGUCUCUUACCAACUCCUAUCGGCCCUAGAAAGUCAUCAACAUUGCUGUCAGUCCAGAGUUGUAACUCGAUGACUUCUGAGACCCGGCAAAGGACUCGUAACCUAUCAGGUUCUCCCAGACCCAGGUCAGUCAAGAAGGUCCAUUUCAUCAAGAACAUGAGGCAGUAUGACACCCAGGGCAGCAGGAUCGUGUUGAUCUGUGCCAAGAGGUCUCUGUGUGCUGCCUUCUCUGUGCUUCCCUAUGGAGAGAGUUUUCAUAUCAGUGAACCACUGGAGUCCCAGAGGAGACACUCAUCAGGAAACAUCUCCACCACUCUGGAGAUGCUGCCUGGCCUGGAGGGCUUUGAACUGGAUGCAUACGGCCGGACGGUGUCGUACGCCCAGUUCCUGUACCCGACCAACGCUCUGGUGCGCCAGCGCGCCUUGGGCUGUGACAUCACGCUCCAGAUCCCCAUGUCUCGCAGCAGCACCAGCAUGCCAGGGACCUGCAGGAGCUACGCCCCCGCACGCAUCAACAGCACCGUGGGCCUCGACCUCGGCCUGGAGGAUGUGUCCGACUACGACCCUAAUCUGCUCAGUGAUCCCCAGUGGCCCUGCGGCAAGCACAAGAGAGUGCUCAUCUUCGCCUCCUACAUGACCACGGUGAUAGAGUACGUCAAGCCGUCGGACCUGAAAAAGGACAUGAACGACUCGUUCAAGGAGAAGUUCCCCCACGUCAAGCUCACCCUCAGCAAGAUCAGGAGUCUGAAGAGAGAGAUGCGUUCGGUGGGGGAGGACUGUGACCUCCAGCCGGUCACCGUGGCGAUGGCGUUUGUUUACUUUGAGAAGCUGGUGCUGCAGGGUCGUCUGAACAAGCACAACAGGAAGUUGGUGUCGGCCGCCUGCGUACUAUUGGCGGCCAAAAUUAGCAGCGACCUCAAGAAGCAGGAUGUCAAACAGCUGAUUGAUAAACUGGAGGAGCGUUUCAGGAUCAGCAGGAGAGAGCUCGUUCCUUUCGAGUUCACUAUUCUGGUGGCCCUGGAGAUGGCGCUCUACCUGCCUGAGAGCAAGGUGAUGCCGCACUACCGCAGGCUGGUCAAACAGCAGUCCUAGACACCCAUACAGCCAGCCAGCCAGCCUGUCGUGCCCCCACUCAACCAGUCGUCCAGCAAAGCAUUCUGCUUCCAUCUUGUGGGCCUGGAGUCCAACUACAAGUCACAUGCUACUCCCAUGGAGAUCCGACCCCCCCACACACGGGCACCAUUCCAUCAUCUUACCCAAGCAGCUACACACCCUGGCCCUCAGGUGUCCCUGUCCCCUGGGUGUCACACUGGCUGAGAUUGCGCUUCCUGUCAAUCUCCACUGGAGGGAGCCGUUGAGCUGUGAGGUUCAGUUGGAGACUUGACUUCUAAUCAACUACCAAAAACCCUCCUUCCUUUAUCGUGAACAGAUUCAUUCGGAGGGGAUUAUUUAUUGUAUUUUAUUGCAACAUAAAGGUAUAUGCUUCUUCAUAACCAAGUAACCUCCUUUGCACUACCUAGAAACAUCCUUCACAUAGCCUAGCUACUCUGUGAUACUGUAGCCAUACCUCAGAGUACCCUCUAUAUUCAACUACACAGAAGGCUGCUCUUAAUCACAUGGCACUCAAACAAGAGCAAGUCAAUAACCAUUUUAUUCUGUAUCAAUACUGAUAUACAUUUCACUCAAAGUGUCCUUGGGUGAAUUUGAGCAGUGCAAAUAAAAUGUAUUAUUAUCAUAGUAUUAUAGACAAUAAUAUAUGUAUUUGUCUAAAUAUGUACAUGUAUUUAACCUCCUUAUUUAUCGCUUAUCGACUAAGUGAAUUCAAAAUGUGCUGAGUCAGGUAGUCUGUUCUACUGGUCACUUGAUUUACUCUGCAUAGUGUCAAAUUGACACGUCAUGCCAUUUAGGAGGAGAAGAACUCCGUCUGAUAUUGACUUACUGUCUCGAUAUAUAUACAGUCAUAUACCCUUGUAUUUUUUUUCUUUAUUUCUUUCAGUUUUACAUAUUUAAAUAUGUAGAAUUGUAUUGUGUUGUAGUAGUAGUAGUUGCAAUAUGGAUCUUCCAGACCUUGCACUGAGGUACAACAGUGUGUGAAAGGUGCGUCAUCUGGAUGAUGCUGUGCUCUAUGUUAGAGAUCAAUACCACAUGGAGGAACACACUUUUGUAGUGUAACGUGUCUGACUUGUGUGUGUGUGUGUCCUAUGUGCCACUGUAAUACCCAUCUUCUGUGAUAUAAAUAUUUUUUUUACUGUAUUUUUUACUUGGAUUUGGCUAUAAAGGGAGUCUUGGCUAUAAAGGGAAAUAUUCACAGUAUUUACAGUUAUCUAUGUCUUCCAUUGUUGUUAUUGUUGUUGUCGUCUGUUUUGUGUUGGUGACAAUUCAGACUUGUUAUCCGCCUAAGCAGCAGUGUGACAUUUGUUGUUGUUUGUGUUGUGCCUUUGUUUUGUGUACCUAAUACUAAGCACCUCCAAACAGAUUUUUUGCACUUUGCCUCCCUAAAGAAACACUGUGAACCAAACACGUUCAUGUUCUGUCUCAGCCAUCAAAGUGGGACAAAAUGUCACUUCGAUAUAUGUGAUGUAAUUGGCCUUAAUGAUGUUGAGAGAGCUAGUCAGUGCUAUCAGUGGCACGUUGUGGUCAUUGUUGCACAUUGCAUUAAGGGUCACUAGUUUAUUUAUCCAACUCCAAUCUCUUUUUCUCCCUGUCGCUCUCUCUCAACUCCCCCUCUUUCUCUUUCUCUCUCCCCUACCUUGCUCACCUGCUCCCAUAUACAGUAGUUCUUUCCUCAAUUUGUUCAUAAUCAAGCAUGAGUAUAAUCAACAAAGUGCCUGUUCAUACAGUCUAUCCUCCUGGUGAUCACCAUCACAUCCAAACUUAUUACACACCAUGUAGCGUAAAAGACUGCACACAAACAUUUUAUUUUUCCUCCAAGUAUGAACGUUUUCACUGUUGAUCUGACAACUAUGUUAGCAAACAUUCUUAGUACAAUAAGGCUUGUGACCUUUUUUUUAUAUAGCUGACACUGUGACUUUGACCAAAUACAGGGACAACAUGGCUGAAACCUUGCAGCGCUUCCAUAGGAACGGUUGGUAGUGGUGUGUUGUAGUUACCUGGUUAUCUAAGACAUCCCCAUCCACUACCUGGGAAUCCAGAUGGGCGGGGCAUUUAAGGGACUCCUAAAUUCCUCCCCAUUGGUUGCGUUGUCCCAGACAAUUUGAUGCAAUCACAAUCAUUGGAGGUCUAGAUUCCAGUGAUAACAUUUGUCGCUACUUUGAAUGGAGUAUGUGUGAAAACCUCCAACAAUUAUUGUAAAAUAAAGCAUUUAUACUUUGUGUCAAGUCAAGAUCUAUAUACAAAUCUAUAUAGUAUAUAGAUACACCGGAAUAUCUAUGGUUUAAACAGCUUAAAGCUACUUGUAUGGUAACAAAGCAUUUGAAUGGUUUGUAAUCUCAUUGGGAUUGUCAGUGCCCUUUCUUCCCCCUCAGUUCAUGUUCUGCAACGUUUAUCACUGAGUAAUGAUCCUAAACCCACCUGUGUGAUAUCUUGUCACACCCUUCUCCAGUACCACAGGAAGGACGUGUUUGUUGUUCUUCACAUGCAAAAGCCAACAAAAAAUAUAUAUCUAUUU